CCCUAGCGGCAGCUCCAGCGGCUGGGUGUAGCAGCGCGGUAAAGAAGAGGCUGUGUUUGGAUUAGGGGGUUGGGCUGCCUGCUGGUAGGAAACCUGCCGCCAGACAUCCAGUUGGUCUCCGGCGGUGCAGCGUUGCUUUCCCGCAGCCUCAGCAGCAGCGCCACCGCAGAGCAGCCUCCAGCCUCACCUGCUCCUCAUCCGUGCCCCCCUCCGCCUCUGUCAGACACUGUGCCGCAGCACACAGGAGACGGACACACGAGGACGGUCAGCUGAGCAGUCUUCAGGGAAAUAAAGGGAAUAUAUAUAAGGGCGGUGAAAGAUGGUGAAACUGGGGAGUAAUCUUCAAGACAAAGGGGCCAAACCUGUGAGCGUGGAGGACGGCUUUCAGAAUGUGCCCCUCAUCACUCCACUGGAUGUCGGCAGUCUCCAGAGCCAAGCACCUGACAAGGUGGUGGUAAAAACUCGCACGGAGUACCAGACAGAGAAGAAGAGGCUGAAGGUUCCCAAGGUGGAGGAGUUCAACAUCAGCUUUACUGACGGUGUGUCUGAGAGACUUAAGGUGACUAUUCUGAUCAUCCUGGCCCUGGCCUUCCUCGCCUGCAUUGUGUUCUUGGUGGUUUAUAAGGCCUUCACCUAUGACCAUGCCUGCCCAGAUGGAUUCAUUUACAAGCACAAGCGGUGUAUCCCAGCCUCUUUGGAGGCCUACUACGCUGCUCAAGAUGCCAAUUCAAGGGGCCGUUUCUACACAGUGAUCAGCCACUACAGCAUGGCCAAGCAGACCACCUCGCACUCUGUCUCCCCCUGGCUUCCUGGAGGGGCGGCGGGGCAGCAGCACGAUGCUAAACCGCCAAGCGACGAGGGUCACUGAGUUAACUGAAUGGUUAAUGGUUAAAGGGUGUUGUAAACACAUGCAGACAUGAAGAAAUACAGACACAGGCAGAUAUAGACGCAGCAACACACAAACAUGUAGGUGAAUAUUUAAAGAUAUAGACAAAAGAGACACAAAUCUCCACAACAGCUACAUAUACAAAGCCGAUAUAGAGUGAAAACUUGCAUGCAGACAUAAGAACACACAAGCACGUGCUAGGUCAUAUUCUGAUUUACCCGACCCGGUCUCACGCCAGUUCGUGAAAUGGUCAUGUUAUUGUCCAUUUAUAUGCUCAUUCUCUUAUCGAGGAGCAUUUCCCAGUGAACCUUUGCUCUCUUGGGAUCAUCCUCUGCUGAUACACACACACACACACACACACACACACACACACACACACACACGGUCUGCUCUCUCAUUACCAUGUUUUUAGUCCUUUCCUCUAAUUUAUUGUCUCGAUAUAUUUAUUUUUUACUCUAACGUAUGAAUGAUUUGUAUGUGAUUAUCUUUGUACAAAGGCACGUGUCAAUUGUGAGAUCUCUGAAGUUGGGAGUCUGUUUUUUCUUCUGCAAGUGUGUAUAGUGUAGUUAAUAUGCAUUCACGGCGCUUUUUCUUUGUUGUCCAAACUGUGUAACCUCAGGCACGUCCGUCCCAACUUCAUAUUCCAACCCGAAAAAUGUAAGUAUAGUCUUGUAUUGCUGUAACACAUUAUUAAACACAAAAUUUCAGCUGUACUGUCUGAGGAAAGUUUGACGCCAGUGUCCACAUCCGCAACAUGUCUUGAGUGGAUUGAAUGAAUUUUCCCAUCGUGGCUGUUUGGUAGCUCAUAUACAGAGAUAUUUCAAUGUGCUGUGCUAUACAUUUUAAAUCCUGAAAUCCCCCAGUAACCCAAGCUGUACAUACAACCGUGCGAUCAGACUAGUUUUUUGUGUGUAUGCAUUGUUUUUUUUUAUUAUUAGGAGUUUUUUAAUUUUACAGAGUAACUGUGAGUUACUUACCUAUUGCUUCAGUUGUGUAUAUGUACUGUAGCUCCAUUCAACACAAUGUUACAGAUGGGAAGGGAAAUACCGUGCAUAUCAACGUCUCUUGCCGAAAUUCUUGCCGUUAUUUUCCGCAGUUUUGAUAUGUUUAUUAAUGGGCUUCAACUCCAGCCGAUUUUUGUUCCUGUACUGUUAUUUUUCAUUUUGUAACAUUGGAUCUGUUGUCAGGAGUGUUUUUAUGAGAUAUUGUGAUGUUGUUAGUUGAUGUGUAGCGAUACCUGGUGUAAUUUAUCAGUGUGCAUCCUUGUCACUCUUCUCUUGGUUUGAAUUCAAAAUAAAACAAGCUGUGACCUGUG